CUUGGGCACGCGACAUGGAAAGCGCUCCCGACAGUGAAUUAAGGGCAUCUCAGCACAGGGAGCUAAUUCACAGGUCUGAAAUAAAUCAGGGAGUGAAAAUGCACUUUCAGCGGCGGAUUGAAAGCUGAGGCUUUCUUUCCUGCCAGUUACGAUUUCAGUGAUCCAGAGAGAAAGCUAAAGCACACGGUGCUCAGGAAAAAUGUCUGAAGGCACGGGACAGAGGAGUGGAGCCCGGUGAGUCUGUUCAGAGCCAAUUCCUUCUGACAAGCCGUGCGCUGCCUGCUACACCUCACUACGGAUGGUGUCUUACAGCUAGGGCCAGUCUCCUCUCCAUUCCCUCCCAGCAUCGUCUCCGCUCUCCUUAGCAUCCUCCAGCGAGCAUCGCCCACCGCCUCUCCAGAGAGCUCCAGACACAAAAGCAAAGCGAGCGCCUGUACAAAGGUACACAGAGGAAGGUCCGUCUGUCUGUGUGAGCCCACCGUUCCUGGGGAGAUGUCCAAUGUUUCCAGCUAUGCCCUUCGGAUGGCCCGGCUGAGUGCCCAGAUAUUCGGUGAUGUUGUCAGGCCAACUGACUCCAAAUCCAUGAAAGUGGUGAAGCUGUUCAGUGAGCAGCCCCUGGCCAAGCAGGAGGAGGUGUACAACUGGUACCCCCCUCACAACACCUACUAUGCUCUCAUGAAGAAACUCCGCUUCCUUGGGCUCUACAGGGAUGAGCAUCAGGACUUUAAGGAGGAGAUGAGACGGUUGAAAAAGCUCCGUGGGAAGGAAAAACCAAAGAAGGGGGAAGGAAAGAGAGCUCUCAAGAAGAAAUAGUGCUGUUUGAACAGUGUAACUGACUGCUCUGGAAAUGCUGGGCAACAGCUGGAGAAGGCUUGGCAUGUGAGCUGCGUGUGGGGCACAAGAAACACACUGUGAAGUAGUGGACUCCACCUUGGGAAUGCACUUGGGCCUUUGAAGUUUUACUGGGUUUGAAUUUCUGUACUUUAAAUAUACUGUAUAUUGUAACAGUAAUAAAAAAGUGCUCAGUGUUUUUCUCAGAA